UUUUGAAUUCUUAGAUUUAUUAGGUAAUCUUUCCAAAAAUACAUCUCAAAAAAUAAUUAAAAAAAAAACUUCUAAAAAUAAGCAUAAACCACCCUAUAAAUAGAAGCAGAGUCCCUUCAGAAUUUUAAUUCAUAGUUCUGCCGUUGUGCGCUUUCUUCUACACUCGAAACCCAAGUUCUGUGCUUUCACUGGCUACUGCAAUUCCUUCGAAAUCUUCCAGCAAGCUUACGGAUCAUCUUUGAGAAAUCUGUUUUGGGUUGCGACUCUUUGCGGUUUGUGAACGGUUGACGGAGUUCCAUAACCCUAACUAUAUUCCGCUACCAUCAACAUUUCAGCCUGCAUCUCGACCUUGCUGAAGCUUUCAUCAUUCUUAUUUCUUUUUGUCUUACAGAAUUAAUUUUAUUUAUUUCUUUGGAUUAAUCUUUUUUUGAUGGAUGCCAGAGCAAUAUGUCGCAAUUUAGGUCGUUUCUCUUCCAAAUCUUCCUCUUCGCGGCAAGGUGGUGGCGAUAGAUUUAUUCCGAAUAGAUCCGCAAUGAACCUUGACAUCGCCCACUAUAUGUUAAUGGCCGCUCCAAGAAAGGAGAAGGAGAACAAUUCCGGGAUAUCAUCUUCAGGAAAAGGAAAAGGGGCCUACAGGGAGAUUCUUGACCGCGUUCUUUUGGAGAAUCGAACUCGGAUACUUGAAUUCAAUAGCAAGCCUUCCGCGCCGACUGAAGAGAUAUUCCCAGAAAUUUUCUUUGGUUCUCCUUCCAAUCAUAGAAGGCCUUUGAAGAAUAAGAGGUAUAUUCCUCAAUCUGCUGAGAGGAUACUUGAUGCGCCUAAUUUGGAGGAUGAUUUUUAUUUAAAUCUGCUUGAUUGGGGAAAAAGAAAUAUCCUUGCUAUUGCCCUUGGGAACUCAGUUUACUUGUGGGAUGCUUCUGUCGGAUCAGCUUUUGAAUUGUUGACAUUUGAUGAUCAUGUUGGUCCUGUGAGCAGCGUCUCUUGGGCUCCCGAUGGGAAGAACAUUGCCCUUGGGUUGUCCAAUUCCUUUGUUCAGUUGUGGGACGUUACAUCAAAUCGUCCAUUGAGAACUCUAGAAGGCAUUCAUCAGUCCAGAGUAGGAUCUCUUGCUUGGAAUGGAGGAAUCCUCACAACAGGUGGAAUGGAUGGAAAUAUUGUUAACAAUGACGUGAGAAUUAGAUCCCACGUUGUCCAAAAAUAUAGAGGGCACCAUAUGGAGGUUUGUGGGCUAAAAUGGUCGGGUUCUGGAGAAAAGUUAGCCAGCGGAGGUAAUGACAAUCUUGUUCAUGUGUGGGAUUGCUCCAUGGCUUCCUCUAACACAACUUCAAAUCAAAGCCAGUGGCUCCACCGGUUUGAGGAGCAUACGGGUGCAGUUAAAGCUCUUGCAUGGUGUCCUUUUCAGAGAAACUUGCUUGCCACUGGCGGUGGUGAGAGUGAUGGAUGCCUCAGAUUUUGGAACACAGACAUAGGAAAUUGUCUUAGUUCAGUUGAUACUAGCUCACAGGUUUCUGGACUUAUCUGGAGUAAGAAUGAGCGAGAGUUGUUGAGCUCUCAUGGUCUACCUCACAACAAUUUGGUAUUGUGGAGGUAUCCAUCUAUGGAGAAGUUAGUUGAACUCAAUGGUCAUUUUUCUCGGGUUCUGUGCAUGUGUCAAAGCCCUGAUGGAUGUAGAGUAGCAUCAGCAGCUGGCGAUAAAACAUUGAGGUUAUGGAAAAUUUAUGAAACUUCAACUGUGAAAAAAGCUACAGGUAAGGGACAAAGCACAACACCUUUUGCUAGUUUUAGCGCAUUUACCACUAUUAGGUGAGGACAUUGUUGAAUGAUCCAAACUAGAGGGAGGCCAGUCGCCAUGGGAAAAUUGCACUUUUGGGGAAUUGAUGGUUAAGUCGGAUGCUCAAAUGCUCCAAAAUCAAUAAUGAGAUAGAAAUUCGAGGAAAGUUUUGAGUGCGAAGAUGAAAGAAAGCAUAAUAAAAAGAAAAGCAGGAUAAGGUAUUAUUUGUGCACAAAAACAAGAAAAGGAGGGAUGUAAGAAGACCGGUGCAUCCUAAAGUCAGGAAUUGAUGGUUAAGUCCCAUGCUCAAAUGCUCCAAAAACCAAUAAUGAAAUAGAAAGCCGAGGAAAGUUUUGUGUGGGAAGACGAAAGAAAGAAGAAUAAAAAGAAGAUCGAGCAGAAUAAGGUGAAUUUAUUAUUUGUGCACAAAAACUAGUAAAGGAGAGAUGCAAGAAGACUGGUGCAUCCUAAAGUCAGGUAUUCAUUGGAAUUGGAAAUUAACUAAUGUAUCUUUUUUUUUUUUCCUUUCAUUUUUUAACUCUCUUUUAGUGUAUGAGAUGUAAGAAUUUUAUAAUUGCAAUCAAAAUACAUAAUUGCAUUUUAA